ACACAGGAUAACACUUGGUGAUCUCGAUGGACUAUUCUACAUGACCAGAGCCCCAUACAACACAAUUGUGCACACACAUUCGCUGGUCCCUGACCAGUCCAGCUCAAAGAAUGAAACGGAAUUUCAUUCUUUGGUCCACGAUGGUGGUGGUUGUGGUGGUGACAGCAACAGCCUCACAAAAUGGUCUCGCAGCUGUAGACUUCCAGCACCAGGCCGUGCUGGACCAGCGCGGAGCAUUCCUCAUGAUGUGGACACCAGGGAAAGACAGUGUAACGGUGGAGGUUCAAGUGGCCACCACUGGCUGGGUAGGCGUCGGGUUCUCGCCCAACGGAGGAAUGCGUGGCGCAGACAUCACGCUGGGAUGGGUGGAUUCCCAGGGGCAGCUGCACGUGCAUGAUCGCUACGCCCACGGCAUGACGAUACCCGUGGUGGACAUCGCUCAGAACGUGGUGGUGGAGGGCGGCUACCAGAACGACACCCACACUGUGAUGCGCUUCUCCAGGCCUUGGAACACCUGUGACACCAAACACGACAUGAAACUCUCGGACGACACAGUGAGGGUUAUCUGGGCCUAUGGCGACGAAGACCCCAUACACGAGAUGGACAUGAAGCACCACGUGGAGCGAGGGACCAAGAGUAUGUACCUGAGGGAGCCCAAAUUCAGGCGUCCAUCAAUGACGGAUGACAUCAAGGCCUGGGACAUUCGCGCACCCAACGUUAGCGUGCCCUCCCACACCGACACUCUCUACUGGUGCAAGCUCGUCAAGGUGCCAGACUUCGGCACCAAGGUCCACGUUAUCGGGUUCGAGCCACUCAUCUCUCAAGAAAACCUGCCCUAUGUACACCACAUCCUGCUCUACUCCUGUGGUGACAUAUCCCCGCACCUAGAGAAGUGGGCGCAGCAUGAUGGUGUGCAGUGCUUUUCGCCCAACAUGCCGCCCUCCAUGACCGCCUGUAAGAGCACGUUCAGCGUAGCCUGGGCCAUAGGCAAUGAAGGGGAGAUGUGGCCAGAGCACACGGGCAUACCGCUGGGGGAUGGCAGCGGCGUGUCUUACUACGUCAUGGAGAUACACUAUGACAACCCUAAGCUGACGGGAGGCAUUGUGGACAACUCUGGUCUCCGCCUUCUUUACACGGAGAAGCUGAGGAAAUAUGACGCAGGAAUCAUAGGCGCUGGCCACAAAGUCUCGCCACUAAUGAUCGUUCCCCCCAAACACACCUGGAAAACCGUUGCUCACUGCUCGGGUUACUGCACUCAGACGACCUUCCCCCCAGAAGGCAUCAAGGUGUUCCAAGUUUUCCUCCACGCGCAUCUCCUCGGCCGCGGACUGACCGUACGACACAUCCGUGAAGGCAGAGAACUUCCUGUUAUCUCUCAGGACCUCAACUAUGACUUCAACUACCAGCAAGGGCGCAGACUGCCGCAGGAGGUGACGGUGCUGCCCGGCGACUCCCUCAUCGUGGAGUGCCAGUACGAUGCCAGACACAAAACAGUGCCAACCUUCGGCGGCGAGGGCACCCAGGAGGAGAUGUGCCUGGCCUUCCUUAUGUACUACCCCAAGUUGUCCAUGGCCAAGUGCCAUUCCAGCCCAAUGUUGGAGAAUCUCUACCGUCCGCUGGGAGUGAAGACCAUCGCCAGGAAUACAAGUACGGAACCAUAUUUAAAGAACAAAGCUGACAAGAAAGAAAAGGAGCUGAUCGAGGCACUGUUGGUGAGGAAGGAGACUCCAGCGGUGACAGAGCUUGACUUGGCAGCGUACUACAAGGAAGUGGCUGUGAUGGAGCCGGCCUCACUGAAGAGCAAGACUUUGUACGACAUUCUUUUUGAUGAGGAGACAUGGAAUGAUGAGAGGAAGCUGAAGAAACUACAAAAACGGAUAGAAUUUAGUCCCCACCAAGGAUAUUGUAGACUUGGUGAUGAAAAUGGAUUACUAAAAUCCAUCCUAAAGUACCCGCAUUUCACCACCAUCAAGACACUGGAUGAUGAGUGUCUGGCGCCACAGGUGUCUCCAGAUCACCUGCCCCCGUACCAAGAUGAGUCACACAACACACAGAGAUCAGUCAUAGAGAAGGAAGAUCCUGCCAGCCGUGCCCUCCAGCCAGCUGUCAUCCUGCCCUCCCUCCUCGCCCCACUGCUCCUCCUGAUCCUCUUCCUCCACUGAUACAAAGACUCUCAUGGAAAGAAAAACAUUAUACACUGCUAUUGGAAAGUGCUUGUCAUAUUCCAAGCAAAGCAGAAAUAAGUGCAUUUGUUCCAUUAAUGAUAAUAAUAAAUAACAAUAAUAAUAAUAAUAAUAAUCUAUAAUACAAUUAUGAUAUAAAUAUGAUAACAUUUCAGCCAACAGCAAUAUAGAAUAUGCAAAGGUU